GCCGCGUCACAAUUCGUGAAUCGUGCGACGUUCUUCGACGUGUGUGCACGCGUUUGUUUGCUGUCGACGAUGUCACGUAGGGCGACGUAAUUCUUGCCCGAGUUCCUUUACCGGAUUCUUCGCGGUACAUAAAACGCCGAGGUGAGCAUCUUGCAGAUUAGGUUCGUCUCUGCUGAGCGAGAAUGGAAUCAAUGGAUGCGCGUCUAGUAGCGCAAGCGUUGAACUACCAUGGUCAGCAGUUGCAGAAAGUAUGGGAAGGAGAACGCAACGAAAAUGAGCUAGUCAUGCUCAAUCUCAAGGAUCCUAGCUUUGAAAUCUAUCAACAACGGCAAAAAACUCUCAGCUUUGGAGAUAGAGGGAAACGUCUAAAGCUUCAACAGUUUCUCACUAAAAAAGCUGAUGACCUAUAUGAUAAAGCAAACUUGGAGAAAUCUUCAGAAUGUAACAAGCCAGAGCUGGCAGAUGAAGAGUUUUAUGCUACAGUGCCUGCACUUGAUAUUUUUGUCACCAUGGAGAAGUCCCAGCGUAUCCGUAAUUUUUUGGAGAGUUUAGUAAUUGGGGAUGUGAUAUUCGCGCAAGUAAUGGGUAAAAGCGCCGCAGGUCUUCUUCUGAAGGUGCUUUGUAACUGCAGUGACUGUCCUAGAGUUGUUACUGAAUUAGGAGUUAAGGCACUAAUACUAAAUGCGGCCACUGUGCCGGCGGUGGACAAGAAAGGUGUUACAAGAGGCUACAUGGCAAAUGAUCUCGUCUGCGUCGUAGUCAGUGAAGUUAACGUUGAAGCCGAACGAGUUGUUGCAGUUAUGAACGUACCUGCCCGGGAAGGGCAAGCACCACACCCAUCUAUGGGGCUUAUCCAUUCCGAUGAUCUUCCAGAAGCCUACAAGAAAGCGAUGGACAACAAAGGUCAGAGUUAUGAAACGCUGUUGGAGAAUAGUACUGGCUUCAACAAUCCAAACAACAUAAAAUAUCUGUGCGACUUAAUCGGUCUUGGACAAGGAAAUCAUUCCAAUAUGGUUGGAUUGAGAGAGAGAUUUCCACCAAAUGAAUACGCUACUGAAUUGCGACAAGCACAAGCAAGCAAGUGGGCAUUCCGAAGUGUCGCUGAGGGAAUAGAUCAUUUCAAGGCCGGUCGUCAUUCCGAAGCUUUCCAGUGUCUCAAUAAAGCGCUCACUGUUGAUCCUCGCAACGUUGAGGGUUUGGUUGCUCGAGGAGCAUUAUAUGCAAAUAGUGGAAGUUUCAAGAAAGCGAUCGACGACUUUGAGACAGCCUUAAAAUUAAAUCAGACACAUGCGAAUGCUCGUAAAUAUAUGGCGGAAACACUGGUUGCUCUAGGACGCAGUUAUGAAGAUGAGAAAAAGUACGAAGAUGCUCAAAAAGCAUAUGAGAAUUGUUUGGCGAUUGCGCCAUAUCACGAAGAAGCGCGAAAUUCCAUUGAAUACAUAAAAUCUAAGACUAUCACGUCAUCACUGAACCCUCUGGAUACCUUUAAGAACUUUGACACCGAGAAUGACGUUGCAGAAAAUAAAAAAGAUAAAAAGAAACGCAAAAAGGAGAGAAAAUCUAGAUCAAAGAAAAGACAAAGAUGGAGUUCCAGCUCAAGCUCUUCAUCCACCGGAUCUUCGACCUCUUCGAGUUCAGACUCGAGCAGCUCAUCGUCGUCAGGAAGUUCACGAUCGGCAUCCCGAUCACCAAGUCGUAAACGCAAACAUAAGAAAGAUCAUCGCAGUUCGCUUUCGCCGCUUAGCAAGCGAAUGGCCCAGUAUAACAAUCCUCCUGCUGCAACUGCCACUACUCACGAUACUAUCGCACCGGCCGCUUCUUACACCACAAAUGCGCGCGAGAAAAUGGAUGACUACGAAAUCAAAGUACGCAAGUUUCUUGAGCAAACCAAGGAUGAUUCUGAUUAUGAAGAUAAGGUAAGAAAAUUCUUAGAAGAGACAGCAAGAUGGAAGAGAGAAAGGGAAAAGGAAAAGAAACACUCUGAAAGCGAAAAAAUGAAGAAGAAAAAGAAGAAAGAAAAGAAGGGGAAAGAUAAGGAAAAGGAGGAUAAGAAGAGUCGUAAGAAGAAGAAGAAGGAAGAACGGAAAAAGCGUAAAAACAAGGACAAGCUCGAACGAGAUUUAGAAGCAUUGAGAAAGUCAUCUUUGCCGGAUUUGGAACAGUUAGAAUCCAAGCUUAGUGCUUAUUAUGCGAAAGUUGAGAAAGACUGUGCGGCGCUUAAAAGGUAUGUAGCACAGUAUAAUGACAUAACUUCCCCUCUUAGAUCGAAGGCAUAUCACGAGCGAGAAUCCAGGGUACCAAUGACUGCGCAACAGAGAAAAGAAAUCCAGAGGAAGCCACUAACAGACAUAUUUGAACAAGAAUCCCAAUUGAUUCAUCCCGAACCGAAACUCCCUACCCUAGACACCGCUGCAUUAAAUGCUAAAUGGAAGGCUGCACAAGCUGCUAGACAAAAGGACGUUUCUUCACAAAAGUGGCAAGAUGUCCCAUCAGAUAACAAAAAGGUACAAUCUAAUGUCUUUGUGGAUAGCGAUGAGGACGAUGAUAAUGAAUUGGAAGAAAGAAUACAACGUGCGGCUCUUGAGAAAUCUUUGAAUAUACGGAAGCAAAUGCAACGCGAACUUGCUGAGAAAAGAGCACCGCCACCGCAACCUACACCGACACCACCACCACCGCUGCCGAAAGAGCCUCCAAUGCCAAAGCAAGCGCCCGUCAAGUAUCCUACACCGCAACCGCAGAACAAAUUCCAAUCGUACAAGGAUUCUACUAUGUCUGUAUCACAAACUACACCGACCAAGUUUGCCUCUACCAACAAUUUGGGCGGUAAAUUCCAACCGAUCGGUCAAAAUAGCGGAACUGGACAUCCACCGGAACCACCCCGUCCUCCGCCAACGGCAAAGAAUCAGACUCAAGCCAAAGGUCCAAGAACCGAUUCCGACAGUGAGGCUGAGCGUCAGCACCGACAAACUCCGAAGAAACGCGAAUCGAGCAGCAGAGGCGGCAUGAGUAAACGUAUGAGCAGGGAUCGUCCAGGAAAACGUUCGCGUAGUCGAUCUCGCAGUGCCUCCAGUUCCGGAUCGUCUAGAUCUCGAUCAGCAAGACGCAGUCGCUCACGUUCAUAUUCAAAUCGACGAUCUGGCAGUUAUGAGAGGAAGUAUAGCAGAUCUCCUUCGGGUACAUACAGUAGAUCGCGAUCACGAUCGAGAUCUAGAUCAUAUACCAGAAGUCGUAGUCGUAGUAGGUCGGGUGAUCGAGGUUACUAUCGCAAGAGGCAAUUUCGACCAUACAACAACCGCGGCACGUACUACAAACCGCGCUUCCAAGGUUUCAACAAUCCGAAUCAUCGUGGUGGUGGCAACAAUUUCCAGAAUCGAAAUCGUUUCUACAACAAUCAACACAAUAAUCGUUUCGGUAAUCGUCGCGGCGGUGGUUUUAACAAUCGCGGUGGUCGAGGCGGUCGCGGUAAUCGUGGUGGUAGAUUCUUUCAUAAUAAACAAGGCUUCCGUGAUUUCCGCGACAGACGGGACUUCAGGGACCGUCGUGCUUCGUCGCGUGAUCGAUACAGCGAUCGCAGCUAUUCACCCGAUCCAAUGAGGAAGGUUGACGAAGCGAAGGAGAAGAUCAACAAGAUGCUCGAAGGAGGCGACGACAUUGAACAUCAACAGAGUGGUAGCGGUGGCACAACCGUGCCACCUAACAAGAGACAAGCUGGGCCCUUGAGCGAAGGAGAAGAGAGGGACGAUGACGACUAUGAGAGGUGGGGAGAGGGAGAGGGGGGCGAUGCAGCUAGUACCAAGACUGACGGAGUCAAACCUGUCGAUGAUAACCUGGAAGGCAAGGAGUACUUCAUUGAGCGCAUGAAACAGCGAAGCAAGAACGUUUUAAUGCAGAGAGCCAUUGCUGCUAAGAUUUGGUAGUUAGGAUCUGUUACCGCCGCCAUCGCUGCUUCUCUGUGAUAUAGUCGCUUUGUUUUCAUCGCCCGUACUCUGGCUAAUCGACUGAUUGACCGAUGAGGCACGUCGAGAUUUGUAGUUUUAGUGCCAAUUUCUUCUAUUAUUCAUUCUAUUAAUCACAUAUAAAUA